CGAACUGUCCCAUCUCAGGCGAGGCGAUCAUGUUUUGCGAUGACCACAUCCGCGUCAAAGUGCCUGGUUCGCCUCCUUGUUACCUUGCUAUGACUGAGCAAGAUGCUAAUAGUAUCCUUGCCUGACAGCCAUUUCUUAAGCCUGGUGAUCCCUAGAAUGAAGGGUGUUACAUUUUCCCGUUUGAUUAGGCGUUUAGUAUUUUCGAGAGGCGCCUUUAGGAUGGCCCAGACAGCCAUGUCGUUAAUCCUGAUACUUCUUGUAACCCAGCAACUUAUCUUUAUGAGAGCAGAGGAUAUAGACUUCAAAUCAUCAACUACUGCUGGCAUUCCCAUAACUGUCAGUUCAGAGUUGUCAACUGGUGUCAGGUACAUAGCAAGACAUAACAGUCUAUAUCGGCAACAGGUCAAGGGACCUGGUCGCGGAAGCCCAGAUAGCCUUCAAGAUGGGGAUGCAGCCGACCAGCGGUUUCUCCGUUUUGAAUCUGAGAAUGGUCGCAGCCUCAACUUUUCCGAGUCCAGCCAACUUCCUAUGCGAUUGAGGGAGUGUUUCCUUGCCGCGAGAGCGUACUUAGCUGUAGCUGAUGAGUUCCAGGACAACGCAUUGACAGAGCAAGUGCAGCAGGAGAUUGAAAGAUGCAUUCUUAUUCUGGACGAGGCAUCCUCCAUUGCUUCGUCAGAUGAUCAGACGGUUGCAGGCUUGGAAACGAAGCAUCCGAAAAGCAAAACGAAGAAGGGUCCAAGGGAUGGCAAAUCUCCACUUUCCAGGUUGAAACUCCGACUUGAGGCUGCCGAGCAUCAGACAAAAAGCGUUCUGCUUCAGAGCAUGGUUUUCAGCCAAAUUGCUUCCAGGGCAGUCCCACAAACCUUACAUUGCCUUUCUCUUCGACUAACACUCGCGUGGACCAGCAAUCAGAGCAACAAUGGUGUCUCCGAUCCAGGGGAUGCGAGGCUUCGUGAUCCGUCGCUGUAUCACUAUGCAAUCUUUUCUGACAAUGUUAUAGCUGUCGCUGUCGUCUUGAACUCGACAGCGAUGAAUGCUGACGAGCCAUUGAAGCACGCGUUUCACAUUGUGACGGAUCGGAUGAACUACGCGGCUAUGAAAUCCUGGUUCAUGCUGAAUCCUCCAGCUGGAGGAAUGGCGUGGGAGGUACGGAGUUUAGAUGAGUACCCGUGGAUUAAUCCCUUAUACAUUCCAGUGCUUCGUCAAAUCGAGUCGGACGCAAUGAGGGAUUACUACUUUAGAACUGCGAUGGGUCCUCGCGUGGCAGGAAAUCCUGGGAAGGAAGACUACAUUGACUUGAAGUACCGGAACCCCAAGUACCUGUCAAUACUCAACCACUUGCGUUUUUACCUUCCGACAAUAUUUCCAGACUUGAGUAAAAUCCUCUUCCUCGACGAUGACGUGGUCGUCCAGAAGGACCUAACAGGAAUUUGGGAGGUCCCUAUGCAUGGAAAGGUGAACUUGGCAGUCGAAACGUGUGGGAAGGUGUUUCAUCGGUUCAAGACCUACCUUAAUUUCUCAAGCCCCCUUCUGAAGCGAUACGAUCCGGAAGGAUGUGGGUGGGCAUACGGGAUGAACCUUUUCGACCUUGACGCAUGGAGAGCUGGAAAUUAUACUGAAAAAUAUCACUAUUGGCAACAACAGAACGAGAAUCGUACGCUGUGGAAGCUUGGAACUCUCCCGCCUGGAUUGCUGACGUUCUACAAUGCCACAGAGUCUCUUGACAAGAAGUGGCAAGUUCUUGGCUUGGGGAGCAAAAGUACGGUGAAUCUGGAGAGCAUCAAGAACGCAGCUGUAAUUCACUUCAACGGCCAUGCAAAACCCUGGCUGGAGUUGGCAAUACCUGUCUACAAGCACUUCUGGACCCGUUAUGUCCCUUACGAUAACGACUUCCUCCAACAAUGCAAAUUCCGGGAGCCAGUUCCAGAUGUGUGAAGGACGACUUGCUCCAGAGUGAAGCCAACUGUAACUCUUCUCAAGGUGGUGGAUGAGCUGGCACAGCGUCGACAACUUUCUUCGUGCACAGGACAUGACAGGGCGCCUCUGCUGGGACAAUACUUCUGCAAUGCUGCUUUCUGCGGUGCUGCACCGAUCGGUCAAGUAACAACUAUCCUGGCCUGUCUGAACAUCCAGAAUGAUUUUUGUAGAGUGGGCAAUCGAUUUUUUACUGCUACCCAUGUGAAGCAGUGUACGGUAGUCAGCACAAAAUUCAUGGGGCUGUGAAGUAGAAUGUUCGUGAAUAUGCUGUGCCACUGGCGUUCAGCCAUGGUGUUACAAACAACGUUAUGAAUUGUUUGGGCUUCAGAAGGACCAUUGUUUAUGUUGUGAUAA